UGUCUUUUGUUCUUGGGUAUAUUUUCUACACCCGGUCUUAUUUGGUACUUAACCGGAAGUGGCGGAAUGGCCCUGUUUUUAUGCACAAUUGGGUUUUUAUUUUCCCUGACUGGAAGUUUUAUAUACGUCGAGCUCGGUAAUAACAUCCCCGAAUCAGCUACCUAG